CAGCCGAGUGCACGCGCCGACGACGGGCGGCAGCGGCACACGCCGCUUUAUCCGCUACUCGGUCUACAGCUGGCUGAGCCCCCUGGCGCUGACGGCCGUCACCGUACUCAUGCAGUACGCGCCCGAGCGUCUGGUGCCCACCGAGAUCUACCUGCGGCCCGGCUUCGGCGAAUACCGCUGCUGGUUCCCCGUGCCAGGUCGCUGGGAGCUGCUGGCCUACCUGCACGGCCCUCUGCUCGUGCUCAUGACCGCCAACCUGGCCCUCUUCCUGAUGACCGCUCGCUGCCUGCUCAAGUCCGAGCACGACACGCAGCUGGUGCGAAAAAAGAAAACCGCCGUCGAAAGGCUGAAGAUCUACGUGAAUCUGUUCAUUGUGAUGGGCAUUACCUGGGUGGCCGAGGCUCUGUCUGUGAAUGUGGGCAGCGAGGUACUCUGGUACGUCUCGGACGCCGUCAACUGUCUGCAGGGCGUCAUCAUCUUCCUGUUGUUCACCAUGCGGGAGCGGUCGCGUCGGAUCAUCCUGCGCCACCUGGAUAGUUGGGGCGUCUGCCGCUGGUGUCGCGGCUGUCGCUCCCCGACCUCCGACGGUAGAGCGGGCCCGCUGCUCUCCUCUAAUAAGACGCGCACGACCUCUGUGCCGACCGGUACCUCUGGCCGCGCCAGCCACCUGCAGGAGCUGGAACCGGUGAUGGCUGCAGCCCCCGGCGCGGCCGCUGGGGACGCUAACACGCCGGUUGACUGAAGCUGCACGGCUACCUCUCACCUGGAGCUUACUCUAAACUCACCAUGAACUCUGAGCUCUCUUUGAGCUCUCGGACUCGCUCUGAACUCUCUGGACUCGCUCUGGGCCCACUCUGAGCUCUCUCUGAGCUACUGAGCUCUCUGAGCUAACUCUACCCUCAAGACUCUACCAUCUCCGACUGCUGUGUUCAUACGUCUGCUGAGCUACUCCGCUGCAUAGUGGGAUCAUCUUUUGUCUGUCGUCUUUUCUUUUCUGAAUAUGAACUCUUGGACUAUAUCUUGUGCAGUGAGCUGGGCAUCCCUGCUGUUGCUUUUGUUGAUACAUUCGCACUGGAAACGGAAAACGCCUCUGUCUACCUAGUUUUUCCCCGCACUGGGAAACUGUGGUGAAUGUCUGAAUCUCGCACUUCUUAGCAUUGUGCUCCGCAGUGGCCGUGGAAUCACUUUGUCUUUCGCUUUGACGGUGUCUGGUAACUGUCUUAUCUUGCAAUAUGUGGUGCUAAGCCCGUAGUUUUGUGUGCACUAAUCGUUCUUUUUAGAGAAAAACAUGCGGGAUCUAAUUGCCUAUGCGUCGAGUAGUAGAUUUGUACAGUUUUAGUGUUGUUAACUAUAUAAGGUUGUCGUCACCUAGCUCUCAGAGGAGACCUGGCGCUCUAACGGGAUGUAGAUGAGUAACCGAAAGACCAGUCAUUGACAGCAUGUGUAACUGGGUAGCGACCAAUGAUUAGAGUCGACCCAUUGACAUAUAGCCAGUGACCACUGAUGAUGUGCAAUGUGCAUGUGUUCGAAAACCAGAGGCUAGUUUUACUAACAGAAAAAUAGCCGCCUGCCGGAAUUUUUUGCCUCAAGACCGCUUCACAUACGGAGCGUAAACG